UCUAACUAAAAGUUGUUACCGGUUAAAUACAGAAUCGUGGAAUAUGUUACCAGCUUGGUGAACAGAAAACAAAACAAAAAAAUUUCCUACCUCUAUACCUCUAUAAGUAGCAUAGACAAGAGGCAGAGAAUUUGUGUGCUUUUUUCCCUCUUCUCUUAAUUUCUUAAGUAUUCAUUGACCAUGAAUGUGAAAACAACCAUAUGUUGUGUUCUCCUUUUAUUAUUUUCCACAUCUUCAGCUAAAGAUGUGGACCUUAGAGUGAAAGGGGUGACAAGCAUUGCUACCACAGAUGAAAACUUUAUCUGUGCGACUCUAGAUUGGUGGCCUCCUAACAAGUGUGACUACAACGAUUGUCCUUGGGGAAAUGCAGGCAUUCUCAAUCUGGACUUGUAUAAUGAUAUUUUCUUAAAUGCCGUCAAGGCAUUUAAUCCCUUGAGGAUCAGACUAGGAGGUUCACUCGAAGAUUGGCUUGUUUACCAAUUUGGGAAACAACGGGAAUGCCCCCUUUUUCAAAAGAAAAAUGAUGGUCUCUUUGGUUUCAGCAAAGGCUGCCUUCCCAAGAAGAAAUGGGAUGAAAUAAAUCACUUUUUCAACAAAACUGGGGUGAAACUCACUUUUGGAUUAAAUGCUCUGUCUGGAAAGAAACCUUCCAAGGAGGACAAGAAGAACUGGAAAGGAGACUGGGAUCCAACAAAUGCCAUAGAUCUCAUGGAGUACACAAUUUCGAAAGGAUACAAUAUAGAUUCAUAUGAAUUAGGAAAUGAGUUAUGCGCUGAUGGGGUAAGUGCCAGAAUAGACAGUGUUCAAUAUGCUAAAGACAUCACUCAGCUCAGAAAAACAGUUAAUCUACUAUACCAAGAUGCAAAUACAAGGCCAAAGGUACUAGGCCCUGCUGGUUUCUAUGGUAAGGAAUGGUUUGAUAGCUUCUUACAGAAUGUUGGACACGGUGUGGUUGAUGGAGUAACUCACCACAUUUACAACCUUGGUUCUGGUAAUGAUAAGGAUCUUAUCAACAAGAUUCAAGACCCAUAUUAUUUGAGUCAAGUUGCUCAAACAUUCAAAGAUGUCUCGGAUGCAGUGAAAGAAUUCGAACCGUCGUCAGGACCAUGGGUUGGGGAAUCUGGUGGAGCCUAUAACAGUGGUGGCAAAGAUGUGUCAAAUACUUUUGUUAAUGGCUUUUGGUACCUUGACCAGCUGGGAAUGACAUCAACCUUCAACCACAAAGUUUAUUGUAGACAAGCACUAGUUGGAGGAAACUAUGGUUUGCUAGACACCACAACCUUCAUUCCUAACCCAGAUUAUUAUGGAGCUCUUUUGUGGCAUCGCUUAAUGGGAAGCAAAGUGCUUUCUGUUUCUCAUGAAGGAUCGCCAUAUUUGCGUGCAUACGUUCAUUGCUCGAAGACAGAGUCUGGUAUCGCCGUGCUACUCAUAAACAUGUCCAAUUCCACCACUUUCGAAGUAUCACUACUCAAUGAUAUGAAUCUGUACCCGGAAGUAGUUUUUAAAAACACGCAGAGAGAAGAGUACCAUUUGACACCCAAAGAUGGUAACAUUCAAAGUAAGGUGGUGCUGUUGAAUGGAACUCCACUAGUGCUGACCCAGUCACUCCACAUCCCAGAAAUGAAACCAAAGCUGGUUGAUCCAUCUUCUCCAGUCAAAGUGAAGCAUGAUUCAAUUGUGUUCGUGCAUAGCAAGAGUUUCAAUGCACCAGCGUGUAUGUAGUUAGGUUAUAGUAUUUGUCAGCAUCAUUUUCUCUUUAUGUUUUUCCUAGCUAGGUCAUUAAUCCAUUUUAGUCUAGGUGCCUAAUUACAUUAAUGUUUUUUUAGAAUCUUUUUUUCUAGUUUUAUAGUCAAUUUCUUCUUCUUUUUUUAGGUCAUUUGUUUUUUGGAAUAUAUGUUUAAUGUCCUAAAUAAACAGAUAUAUUUAAUAAUGUAUGUUUCUUUUCCUUGA